AUGUUAUCCGAUUUCGCCAAAGAAAAGGUGUUCUGGACACGUAAAAUGAAUUUGAGAUUAGUCAAGUUUAUCGAAAGCCGGCCUAAUAUAUGGAAUCCCAAACACCCGAAAUAUACUUCCGUAGCAUACAGAGAUCGUACUUAUGCUGAAUUUGCAGCAAAAUACGGGAACGAAUUCACAGGGCAAGCUGUUAAGGAGAGAUGGACAAAUAUAAGAUCGACCUUUUCUAAUUACUUAAGAAAAACAAAAGCCAGCCAAGCAAAGGACACUGAGGAAUAUCAAGUGAAUUGGCAUUUAUGGAACGCCUGUCAAUUUCUACUGAGAGUCAAUAAAAGUGUUAAACAAGAAAAUGAGGAGAUACAUCAUGAAAAUACUGAGGAACAAAGUACGAUUCCUGAUGACAGUGAAGAAGACAAUUCAGAUGCUGAUAUAACAAACAGUUCAAAUUUAUGUAAAUCCCUUGCUGAAAGUCUAGUCUCGGCUUUUAAAGGUAUCAAGAAUGAUGCUUUCGGCGUAAACAAUACAAAGAAUGAUAGAAUUGGCAGAUUGGUUACUAAGAAAUUGAACCAGAUGUCUUCUUUAGAUGCUGCUGAGCUAUCUAUGAGAAUAAUGGAGGUUCUAUGGCGUUAUGAUGCUAACAAUCCUUUGAAUCCUAAUAAUUUGAAAACUGAAUCUAUUUAA